AAGAUCGUCGUGUAACGAAAAAUCCUCUUCUUGUGACAACACGUGGUGUACAACCAGGAUCAAGUACUAUACAACCAACAUCAUGAUGUACUUGUCCUCAAAGUUGUAUCGGUGUCCUGCUCAGUAUGUAGUUGUCCUCGUUCUUGACGUUGUUUUGGUGUGCGUCUAGUAGUACUCUGUCUUGUAAUACAACAGAGGACUACGAAUGCGCGCGCAUGAUGAUCCUGCGCACUGGGGUCAUCAAUUAGGGAAGCCUACGGCGUAUCAGUAUCUGUCUCAUCGGGAUCCUGCCCAAGCACCUGCACGAUUGGAACGCAGGCCGCGGACAACAAGGGGUUCUCGUCCUGAUUCGCUCAAGAGGAAAUCGGGCAGCCAAAUUGUCGAUCAGCACAGGAAGAUGCCUUCUUCUAACUCUGGAAAGCGAAGGUUAUCACCUGCCAGAGUCGAGGAACAGCAGAUCGUCAACAUAGAAGAAGCCUCGAGUGAAGAUGCGCAGGACUUUCAGCCGACAGUCGAGCAGGAAGAGCAGCAGCAGUUGAAGCCUCUUCUGGCAGCCGGAGGAUCCUCGAGUGAAGAUGAGCAGGACUUUCAGCCGACAACACCAGCAAAAAGCAGGAGAAAGAGCAAGCUUUCGUCUCUGGCACGAUCUCUUUGGUACUUGACGCUUCUACAAGUGCCGAUCCUUGUUUAUUUAAGGCUUAAUUAGAAAGGAUCGUAGACACUUUAUAUAUUUACGGCUGCAACUUUGAACUUUAUUCUCUUUCUUAUAAUUAUUGGGAACUCUUCUAAUUAUAUAGUUGUACGUAGUCGCUGUCGCAUUGAGCAGUACUACAACUGUGAUAAUUGAUAAACUAGUAGAACCCGAACCGUUUCGGUUUCGGUUUCUAACAUACGUCGUCGGAUUCAGUACUGUAGCGACACAAGACUCUUGCCCGAUAUUGACGCAGAGGAUCCUGAAGCAUGCUGAGCGGGUUGACUGGGGAUUUCUAUUUGUGUCGAGUAGCACGACUACGAGACCAGUCUUCAUCACCAACUGGCGCGAAGCAGCGUUCGAUCAGCACUCGAUACCUGCACAUCUGUGGAACGCUAAGGUGUACUACUCGAAUCAAGGGGAACGAGGUAUUGCUAUUUGCUUAAAAUUUAUUAUAUUUGCUUAAUAAAAGAAGUCCAUAUAAUUCCAAUAGCAGUGGCAAACUAGUAAUUUCUAUAAUUUGCUUAAAUAGAAGUCCAUGAUUCCAAUAGCAGUGGCAAACUAGCAAGAGGUGUUAUUGUCUUCGUCCUUCGAAAAAACUCCUUUAUAUAGAGUAUCUACUUGUAGAAGGUAACAUGAUGUAGAUCAUGAUCUCGCAUCAAAACAUCCACCACGCUACCUCUGUCUCACAGAAAUCAUGCUUUCGGCCUUCGGCGUAUCGACGUUGUUCUUUUUGGUUUCGUUUCUGUGUUUGAGUUUCACACUCUUGUACUUGUACAACAAAGAUGCGGAAGGGUGCCCACUUCACGAUCUGAACUUAAGGCCAGUUGUGAGCGUAAUUUUGCUCAGAAAUAUUGAUUACAUACUACAACCUUAAGUGGAACGAAACACCAAUGUUUGAGACACCGAAACCAAUGACUAUUUCUGCGCUGUUUUGGAUAUUAGUGAUUCAUAUUUCAUCACUUAGUGAGAUUUGGUAGUCUCCGACAGUUCAACCUCACGAAUUUCGCUGAUUCGGAUUUCGAGUUGUUUUCGACAUUAGUGGAUCCGGAUUUCCAUGUUAAGGACAAAAAUGGUAGUGUCCGACAGCUCAGCUUGAAAAUGCUGCUUCGGAAGUCAAGCUAUUACUUUGCGACAUUAGUCGCUCGGCGUUUCCAGCUUAAGAGCAGUCUUCACCCAUUGCUCUUUGUUUCAAUCUAUGGUAGGGUGGCUGUAACGCCUUGACUUGGUAGUGUCCGACACAUCAUUUUUGAAGAUGAUUGUGUUUCGGUUUUUUUUGUUUUUGAUGAUUCCGAUUCGAUGGUGAUGAUCCUUUUGCUUUACUUGGCACUGUGGCGAGGCGCAGAGGCAGAAGAAGUUGGCCAAGUAGUAGACUUUCCACAUCAAUGAAGAAGGUUUCAAUGUAACCAUUUCCAGAUCAAUGAAGAAUUGCUGCCUCGCUCAGUCAUCAUGCUUUUUCCCACGUUACUUGGUGCCUUCUGAUUUCAGAUUCAAUUGGCGGAUUUUGUUGGUACUAACAUACAAGCUGUUCGGUAAUAAACUGGAACCCCGACAAAGGCUGAAACCCUUCCGAACAAAUUGAGUGUCUUGCUGGUGGUCCUUGACUGAAAGAUCCAACGAAAAC